CGCGCCCGGCUGCCCUGCACCGCGACUUUCCUUUCUCCCCUUUUCUUUUUUUGUUUUUUUGUUUUUGUGGGUUUUUUUCUUUUCCUCUUAUCCCCCUUCCCUCUCGGGACUGGAAGCAGGAACCGCGUCCCUGAAAUUGCUAUGCCAGCUGAACUCUCCCGGGCCGUGGGAAUGCACGCCAUCUCCGACCUCCACUCCUCCCUCCCCCUGCGGCUCCUCAACAAGGGGCCCGAGUACCUCCGCAGGCAGCUGGAGGCCGGCAAGCCGGGCAGGAAGAGUGCCGUGGAGAGACUGGCCGCCGAUAAGGCCAAGUACGUAAAGAGCCAGCAGGUGAUCAGCACCAGGCAGGAUCCCGUCAUCGCGCUCAGCUCAGCCUCGGAGAGCAGCAGCGAGACCUGCUCCGUGGAGAGCAGAGCAGCGAGCAGGGAGCUGGGCACGGGCACGAAGGCCCUGGAGCUGGGCAGGGCGGUGAGCUCCUGCCGAGCCCCCCUGCAGCACGGCCCCCCCAUCGCCAGGCGCAGCACCAGGAGGCAGAUGCGGCCGGAUUCCCUGGUGAUCUACCGUCAGAAAUGUGAGCUUGGGAGAGGUCAAAGCCAGGACAGCUCACGGGGGAAUUUGGUGAGGAGGAUCUUCCAUGGGUCCAUAAAGGAGAAGCAGUUGGCUUCCCCCGAGUUGCCCAGAGUCAUGGAGGACGUCGCAGCCACCGAGGGCUAUGAACCUCUCUCAGCAAAAGAUGGUGACCGUGAGCCCAGUGACCAUGGAGCGGUGCAGACUAUCCCUGUGAGCACUGAAGGGGAAGGAGUAUGUAUAAAAGAGCAUGAGGGACCCUCAAAACUGAGUACACCUCCUGAAGAGGUCAAGGAGGUGAAGAGGAGAGGUCUCCAUCGCUCCCAGUCAGACAUCAGCUCUCGCUACUCCAAGUCCUUCGCUGAGUUUGAAACGUUUUUCAAGUACUGUGGCCUGGAGCAGGAGGUCAUUGAGGAUCUUGGGAGAGAGAACUUCUCCGUGGUGUCUGACAAUGUCUCCUUCAAGAUCCGCAGCAUCAGCGUGGCAACAUCGGAGAGUGAGUUCACGAGGCACAGUGGGGAUGAGGGGCUGCUGGAGGACGAGCUCACCGAGCAGGUCCCCAGCAGCACCUCUGUGAUUGAGCGCAACGCUCGGAUUAUCAAAUGGUUGUACACCUGUAAGAAAGCCAGGGAGACCAGCAAGGUGAUCCAGGAACUGGCGUGAUGGCUUCAUUCAGCAUGCGUUGGAGCCUGGUGAGCUCAAGAAUUUCUGACUUGGAAGUUGAACAUAACCAGGCACAGGAAGAAACUGUUCCCUCAUCUGGCUUAUGUGUACUUUGUCCAAGUUUAGUAUUUUGUUAUUGCUUCCUACCUUCACCCCCAUCCCCUGGAAGCCUCACUCUUGUCAAGCCCAAGGGUGUCCAAGAUUGCAAUGAAAAGUGGAGAUUGUGAG